CUCUCAACCCCAUCUCAUAUCUAGGGUUUCUGUAAUCGCCGGCAAAGAUGCAGAUCUUCGUGAAAACCCUAACGGGGAAAACCAUCACCCUCGAGGUCGAGAGCAGCGACACUAUCGACAAUGUCAAGGCCAAGAUCCAGGACAAAGAAGGUAUUCCUCCGGAUCAGCAGAGGCUUAUCUUCGCCGGAAAGCAGCUCGAGGAUGGACGAACCCUGGCUGAUUACAACAUUCAGAAGGAGUCGACGCUUCAUCUGGUGCUGAGGCUGAGGGGUGGGAUUAUUGAGCCCUCUCUUAUGGCUCUAGCUAGGAAGUACAACCAAGAUAAGAUGAUCUGCAGAAAGUGCUAUGCAAGGCUUCACCCCAGGGCUGUCAACUGCAGAAAGAAGAAGUGUGGUCACAGCAAUCAGCUGAGGCCCAAGAAGAAGAUCAAGUAGGCUGCUUAUUUCAUUUACCUUUUCAGUAUUCGUGCUGUAGUGUCCUGCUUUUUGUAGUUGUGAUGUGAUCUCUCUAUCUGAUGUUCUUCUUUGUAAGUUUUUCGAGAUAACAGUGGAACUGCUUUAUUAGUGAUUAUGAGCAAAAAAACUUUCAACUUAUUUCUAAAUUUAUUGUCACUGG